AUGAAAAACUGGGAAAAAGAUGGAGAAAAUUUAGAGGAAUUGAAAACUUUAGGAGAUUCAACAACAAAUAAUUCUUUUUCUCUUAAUUUUGAUUCUUGUUUGUCUUUUGAUCAUUAUUUAAUGAAUGGAAGUCCAGAAGAUUCAAAUAUGUGUAUUAAUGAAUUAUUUAAAAAAGAUUGCAAUAUUUCAAACUAUUGUUGGUAUUCUGAAAUGAAUAGGAGACAUCAUUCAGGAAAAGAAUUAUUUAAAAAAAAUUAUUUUCCAAUGGCUCAAGAUAUAUUUCUUGAACAAAUUGCUUUAUGUGGCUACGAGGGUUACGUCGAAUUUGCUUCAGAUAAUUGGAGGAAAAUAAUUAGAAAUUGGCAAAAGGAAAAUGGUUGUUUUGGCGAGGAAAUGUUUUCGAUUGAUUGUUCAAACAGUGAUUAUUCAUAUAAUCGAAAUAAAAAAACGGAUUCAGUUGUUAAUAAGUGUCAUACGCAUGUUACAGCUGUUGCAUUAGCAGCAAUGUCUUUUCAUUUAAGGCAUUGUUCUGCUUUGAAAUCUUAG